UGGAUGUCAAAAACCACGACGCCAAUAGUACCGACACGCGCAUCCGAACCGAAAAGCUAAAAAUGGGGAGAAAUAAGGCUGUAAAACGAAAGUUUUAUAUCAACAACAGGCUAUUGAACCCCGCUACGCAAAGUGCUACGAGAGAAUUGAUACAAUACUUUGGGGAAAAUGUGUGCGAAACCUCGUCGAAAUCAAUCGCGGUACCAACUGUACCACCGUCAUCAUCUGCCCAACCGGAAUUACAACCGCAACCGCCAUCGGUUACAUCAUCCGUUGCAACUGUUGCAGGGUUAGGAGCAGAGUUCGGAACAGCAACAGGCACCAUCUCCACAUUGGGCGGCGCUACCAAGUACAUGCGACCGGAACUGGCAACAAUGCUCGGUCUAGUCAAACAGGUUGAGCCGAUCAAGAAGAAGCAACCGGCGCAGUUCACUAGCAUGUACCAGGUAGCCACGCGCAGUAACCUUGAAGGAGAGCUGGUCAAGAAUUGCCUCAACCCUCGGCAGGGUAAGAUUGUGUUUAGGACUGUACUACCGUGUACGGUCAACGAUAUGGUGCUCAUACCGCCAAUGGCCAGUCAUCAGAGACAAUGCCCAGACACCAAAAGCCGUUACAGCUUUAAGGACAAUAAAGACCCGGAACCGGUGCUGAGCGACUAUCUGCGUCCGACACCGGUUACUUUCCACUUUGUGCAAAACAAUUCGCAAUCCGUGUUGGGCCCCGUCGCUGCCGGAGUAUCGUGGAACAACUUCAGCAAUAUCGUGCAAGUGCUAAAGCAUGUGGAGCCGCGCAAUAAGAUGGCAUGCGUUAAGAUGGAUUAUGAUGAGGUACCGCGCAUGCAUGAUGCGACAGCUGCAGCUGGUGGUACAGCUAGUGGCAGUGGAGCCGGGGGAACUUAGUGUGGUCCAUUAUUAGUAGUGUUUAAGUUUUCAAUUUUCCAACUUUUAAUAUCUCAUACAUGAAUUCAGUUAGAACUAUUGCUCACUUACACUUCACUAUUAUCGAUCCUUCGUCACUUAGCAUCAUCGUUCCUCGUAGCUGUUCUAUGUUCUUUCAAUUUCGUCUUUUUUUUGUCUCUGACUGCUACUUUAGCAUUGGUUUUUUGUGAGCAGAACGUUCGAGACAUAAAACGUUUCCAAUCAUGCAUUAUUAUAUACAUUAAUUAAUAAAUCAUCCACAUAAUUCCUCGCUCUGUACUUUACCUUUCUGUUGCGUUAUUUUUGAGUAAAUUAUUUAAACGCCACAAGUUCAAGUUACUCAAUGGCGAGAUGGAAAGCACUCAUUGCCACUCUGUUGGAAUAAAAAAACGUAGCCAGCACCACUCACGCACACUCUCUGUAUAUAGCACCUGCGCAGGUGACAAGCCGUGAGUGCCGGGAAGUGAUCGCGAUCGUGAUCGGAUCGCUUCGACCGAUGAGAGAAAGUCGUUUCCGGGACUAUGGGCAUGGGAAACAAUAUGAUGGCCAGAUUGAGCUCGUGGUGACAGAAUAACGUCCACGUCAUGCCCAUGUCCAGGGUCAGCUUCGCGUAAAGCAGAAGAAAGUAAAUCCAAUAUUGUGUCUGUCUGUCAAAGGAUUAUAUGGACUUUUUCGUCACGAUCCAAUAUUGUGAAAUAAAAAUGAAAUAAAUGGGGCAACUAAACCGAACACACUGCACUACUCACUCCACCUGUCGAUAAGCAAAACUCUCAUCUCCACCGACAACAGAGGGUCUCUCUAAUAAUAGUGAUCUGAACUUGGAAUGAUCGCGUUCACCGCACGGCCCAGGUGUUGUUCGAUUUUAUCCUCAUUUCAAUGACUUCGGUUCAAGUUUGAGAGUUACGGACAAGUCGUGAACACUAGAGUGUCAGCUGCGCUAUAGAAAGGCAUGAAUAAAUUCCAGAAAUGAUCUCUUUAAAUCUAUAUACAACUGUGAGAUAUGGUGUGGAGCGACUCACUACAUGGCUGAGCGUUCGGAUACUGAUUCAUUUUGUGUAGAAGUCUCAAGACUACCGACCGCAGAUCAAAUGUGGUCAAAAAAAGGUGUUAAACUGUAAAAACUGACUGAUUUUGCAAAAAUACUAAUAUUUUUUUGAACAAGACUAGAAGUUGUAGAAAUUCGGCAUUUGCAGCUCAAAAUUAACAAUCCAAUGCCAACACUCAAUAUCAAACCUGCAAUAUAACUAGCUCAUUAUACGAAGGUUGAUCGAAAAAUGAUCCGUAAUUAUGCUCUUUUAGAUCAAUCUUGCAUUUCGAACGGUCGGAUAAAAGCCAGGGAAUAGUAAUUAUAAAAUACAAGAGAAUAGCAGACCUUUCUACACCCUUCACUAAAGCAACAUUAGAUUGUUUGCGACUGUAUUGAACGUCUCAAACAUAUUAAGGACCUCCUUGGUGUACAGGAUACUAAGCUUGAUAUUUGAUCAGACCGUUAUAAUCAAUACCACGGAUUUGUACUUCGUAUGACCUAGGAUCUUCAGUUGGAUCUUCUAUCAGUACUCGAAUAUGCUAUGGUAGUUUGGAAGCCAUUCCCAUCGAAUAUGCUAAGGUACUUUGAAGCUUAUUUUUUGCUUCUUGGUCUCUAUCAGAUGAUGGUAAGGUGCCAUAUUGUUCAACAACGCGAUCUUCAUGUUGCAGCGGUACGCUUACGCCCAUGCCGGUUGCUGACUAAAGCCCGCCAUCGUCCUGAUUAUGGAUCAAACGAUUCGUUGGCUUCUAAGCGCAGUUUCUAGUGCUUGAAGUGAUGUAGGUUACAUUCCCCCGAUCUUACGAAGCGUUUUAGUUCCUCUCGACCUACACUUGACUACAUUCCUGCCUUGAGAAAUUCGCCUGAAAUCUAGUUUUUUUGUUUUAAAGGGAUUUUAAAAUUAUUUUCGAUUGUUGUUUAUUUAAUUUCACUCAAAUUGAUCAUUUUUCGGACAGUAUUCGCCUUAAAAUCCAAAACGAUGCUGGGGACCUAUUGCUGCCUAUUCAAUUAUGUGAACAGAACGUUCAACGUUGGUUUCGUUUAUUACUAUUAUUAUUGGCAUGUGUUACAGGAUGAUUUAGUUCAAACGGUUUUUUUCAUUCCGCAUGUUCCUUCCUUUCUACCAAAGGUUGUGCGACAAAAAAAUGGCAAGGGUUUAGUAAUGUGCUUCACUUGUGUAUCAUUUUCAGAGGAAAAUCGUUGACUAUUUUUACUGCUGCUGGAAUUCCCACUAUAAUGGCUAGUUGGUUUUUGUAUAACGAUAGAAUCGGGGUUAGAGGAAAACUUUGUAACGCAAUUUUUUUUUUUUCGUAA